AUGACGGAUGCUAACGAUGUGGUGGCCACUGACGUGGUAUCGAGUCAGAAAGGCUCUAAAUGGCAGGAUCCCGGAGGAUGGGAUUGCAGAUAUACCGGUAAAUGUGCUACAGCGGGAGACUUGAGCCCACUGUCUAAACUACCUUCACAUGAAUUUCAACUCCUAGCUCAUCAAAAUGUUCAAACGUCUGUCCCUCAGUUGAAAUCAAACAAGGAGAUGUUGCACACGCUACCAGAAAUGCAUCUCCCCGUUCUUCAUUCGCCUGCUGAACCCGGUCAAGUCAAACACACGCAUCAAGGGUCAAGCGCACCUGAUUACGUCAAAGCUAUAGGUAAAAAUGUAUGGAUAUCUAAUCCACAUUUCAAACGCAAACCUGACACCACGAAUACCUGGAUGUCCUACCCGAUGAUUCCGCUGACUGAUAAGAGACUGGAAAUCAACAUCACGCCAGACCUCCAAGUGAAUAAUGUUGCAAAACUGUUUCCUCAAAAACAAAUAAAAGGGAUCCCCGUACACCUUCCCAAGGAACCAGCAAUGCCGACUGUACCCAAUUUACAGAAGUCUGUUUAUCCAAUACCUUCUCAAGCUCAAGCCUCCAUGAUAAUGCAAGAUGUAAAACCAAGUUUUAUUUCUAGUAACAUUCAACCUAAACCAUUCAUAACUUCGAAAUCCCACGUGUCUAAUUUUCAGAGUCAAGCAAUACAUCCCCCACCUCUGCAAUAUAAUCCCAAUGUUUUAGGCAUAACUAAUUUCCACAGUGUCCCAAUGGCUGUUAUGUCCGUUCCGGCAAUAAACCCUCUACCACCAAGACCUUUACCAAAACAGCCGGUGCACCAUCCUCACAAAGUCAUUCCAGUCAUCGUACCUUUUAAUCAACACGCAUCACUUUCAAAGUCAUCCUCCUCGAGCGGAAAUCCGCGUAUACCCGGGGUAUCGGACACAACUUUGCAUGGACAAAUUUUUGCAAAAGAUCUACUGCAAAACGUUCAAGUUUUAAGUCAACCAAGACCUCAAACUGGCAUUCAGAUUCUUAAAUUUCCCUUGCAUGCCACAGACAAUCGCCUCCAGCGAAAAGCAAAUUUUGGACACGUUCAUCAAGCUGGGAGUCCAAUGAAGAAAAUGAUAAUUGCUGGAAGCAAUACAUUGUCUCAAAACUCGAUUGCAAAAGCAGGACGGCAUAUAGCGAGUGGCGCUCACGCAGGCGCUACGAGUGUGUCAAGCAACCAUCAAACUAGAAUAAAAAGCAUGGGGGAUUUUUUAAGAAUGGCUCAAAUGAAACUAUCAUCCCAAGAUAUUUCUCAGUUACUUCGCAUCUCUAGAAACCAUCAACACACUCUAGAUACCAUUCUUAAGGGUUAUAUCAACCUUCAAAACAAUGCUAAGAUAACCAAAUUGUUCAAUGCAAUCUAUAAAGUUAAACUUCUCCAACUGAUUCAAUUUUAUCAGUAUCUUCAACCUGGUUCGGAUCACCAAAAACGGGUCGAAGAAAUAUUCAUAAAAAGUAUUGAUAGACUGCGAAACAUGGCGGAACAUGAAACGGUACUCACAAGAACUGUGACUCAGCAAGGAACGAGUGUGGGUGGAACUGGAACAGGAGGAGGGGCGAGUGGAAAUAAUGGAAUAGUAAGUGGAGGAGGUGGGGCUGGAGGCGGAGCUUAUGUAGGGGCAGCAGGGGCUGGAGGCGGAGCUUAUGUAGGGGCAGCAGGGGCUGGAGGCGGACCUUAUGUCGGGACAGCAGGGGCUGGAGGCGGCGGAAGUGCGUCAGAAAACGCGGAAGGGGUUGAGAUUGAUACAGAGUUAGAGAGUGAUGAUGAUUCAGAUUCAGAUGAAGAUUAA